CAGAGCUCGCGCCGAGGGUUGACUCAAGACGUGUUGCGCGCGAGAGUACUGUGGGACUUUACACUGAGGACUUAAAUAUUUAUAUUUAUAAAACUCAGAUUUUGGAUCAUCUCAAACCUGAUCACUGGAAUAAUGAAGUCUCCGAAGCUGAAACCCCAAGCCAAGUUGAUGCACGAGGAGGAUCUGACCGACGUGCUGUGUGAGUUUGACGCGGUGAUGGAGGACUUCACGUCGCCGGUGGAGAAGCGUCACUUCCGGUACGAUGAGCACCUGAAGACGAUGAAGAGGAGGAGCAGCGCGAGCGUCAGUGACAGUGGCAUCAGCGACUCAGAGAGUGCAGAGUCUCUGAACAGAAACAGCUUCAGCUUCAGUGAUGAGAGGCUCAACUCCCCCACCACCAACUCCCCCACUCUGAUGUCACCAAAAGCCAAACUGGGCGACACUAAGGAGCUGGAGGACUUCAUUGCCGACCUUGACAGGACAUUAGAGAGCAUGUGACACCCAGGCUCACUUAUAGAGUGUGUGGGACGUCUGGACCCCUCCAAUCGAGCAGCUAACACACAACCCCCACCCCCCCCAGAUGAAGUGGCUCCACCACGGAACCGAAUCUAGCCUCCUAACUCCACCUGGAUCGAGUCAGAAUUAGCAUCGUAGGUACCCUGAGGACAAGAGCGGGAUGAAAAGUCGGGAGGAAUGACGAUGUGGAAUAUAACAGUCACUGGAACAUUCAU